GCGAAAAUUAAAAAUCGGCCAGAACGCGGAACCCUAAUCGCCCUCACUCUUCGCAUCGUCUUCAAUCUUCAUCCCCUUUCUUCUCAGUCCACCAGAGCAGCAGUUCACUGAUCAACAUCGACCAUCCGUCCUCCACCGACUACCAUUCUGCCGACGCCCAUAACCUAGUCCCCCUAUUCUUCAUUACUGCUCCCUUUGGCUUCCCUCAGCCCGGCAGCUUCCUUCGCCCAUAACCUGUUCGUCGAAAUUCCCCACUGAAAAAAUAACGCUCGGGCCAGGAACACAACCCUGAGGAUGGCGAAGAAAAAAAAAUCGACAAAUCCGCCACAAACUACCGCGCCUUUCGGAAGGUCGCAGGACAAGGGCCCACCUCGUAAUUCCAAGGCGAUGCUGAAACUCGACCACCUUCAAAGGCUUGCGCUAUGGGCUGGAGCAGAAGCUUCAAUCCCUUCUCUCGGCGCUUUCUUUGGUCGCCAGUUCGCCACAGCGGCAGAAGCUCUCGGCGCCCCACCUGACCCGUCUUUGUUCCCAUGCCAAAGAUGCGAGACAAUUCUUCAGCCUGGCUUCAACUGCACAAUCCGGAUCGAGAAGAAUCGACAAAAGGCAGCAAAGCGUGGAGGCAAGAGCAAAAUAAACCACACUCCACCGCAGAACUAUGUCAUCUAUACAUGCCAUUUCUGUUCUUUCAGGAACCAAAAGCGAGGGACUUCAAAGGGCCAUGUGAAAUCAAUAUGCCCACCAACGCCCAAGCCAAAUCCUCGUUCGAACAAACCAGAUGCUUCCGCCAUCAACCCUAUCACCCCUGUUAAGGAAGCCACCACAAGCGGGAAGAAGGUUAGUGAGGCAAUGAAAGUUGAUGACGUAGCACUGGCUGCAAUACCAGAGGACUCGCCCAUGGCAGCAGGCAGCCCAAGAACUCCAUUAGACACAAGUGCUGGUCCGAUACCAUUGUUGGAGGCUUUGACGAAGAAAAGGAAUAGAUCAAAAAGUAAGAAGAAACCAGAAGAAUCUGAAAGUGGUUCUGCUGCUGCUGCAGCAUCAACAGAUCCUGAGACGAAUGCUGGUGGUUCGAGGAAGAAGAGGAGGAAAUCUUGGACGAGCUUGACGGAUAUCACUGUGAAUAAUGACUAAUGAGAGUGGUUCUAAGCCAAAACUUAGUAGCUUUAUACUCACCUUAUCUUUCUAGAUGGAGAUUUAUAUGCUCAAAUUCUGAAGCCUAUACAGGGGAAUUUCUUUCGGGAACAACACCUAUUUGUUAUUUGAGAAAGUCAAGGUAGCUCAAUUUUGGAUAAAUGUCUACACUUUGCUUCUCGCCCAGGGGUUUCAUUAAUAGAGACAGAGUAGGGCUCAGAGGUUCCAUUGACUGAGUAACCAUGGCAAAGGGUUCAGGGAAAGCUGUACAAUCCAUCGAGUGUGCUGAAGAUUCAGGAAUUCGUGUUAUCAUCUAAUGUUAUGCUUAAAAAAAAAUCUAAUGUUAUGCUUGAUUUGCUAGAAGAACGAAUAAUCUAUACAUCUCUAAUCGGACCUAUUUGUGUUAUUAUUUAAUGUUAUGCUUGACUUGCUAGAAGAUCGAACAAUCUAUACAUUUCUAAUGGGACCUCGAUUUACUAUGUUCAACAAAGCCAAUAGAAAAGUUGGUUGAAACUAUCAAGUUGAGUGUUUGAGGAACCCUUUCUCCUGGUU